AUGCCAGCAACGGCCUGGCCAACUACUCAGUAUCUAACUGAGUUCAACUCGGGCAUCCAGCCUAGGGCAUUUCUGCCGAAUACCACAAACCAGCAUCUGGAGCCAGUAGACAAUCGAGUUUUGCUUGAAGUCAGAUCCACUGUCACCAGCAACACCUCCAGAGUCACCUCAUCAUCACCACCACUAACGAAGCGUGUUCGAGGAUCUUCAGCUCCAUCAGCGCUAGAGCCUCUAGCACACUUUGGAGUUCUCCGGAAUCCGCUACGUGUAGAGAAGAAGAACUGGUUGCAGCGAAUUUUCAAGAAUGAGGUACCAACGGACGAUUUCUAUGACUUUGGCAGCCCUGAUAUGGAGCAUCUGAAAGUGACCACUCUGGAAACUGCAUUCCUACCUAAGCACUCCACCAAAACCAUUGCCAAGGCCACUGCGGAUGCAGCUCGGGACAAGUUGCCCGAGAUGAUGCAGAGGGAUUCUAGUAUUGCUAAGCUAUCGUUCAUGUUUGGAGUUACCCUGAUUUCGUUUUGUACACCUGCUGUACCGAAAAUUUUGGAUUUGGUACAACCAAUGAAUGAGUCUCGUUCGCGAAUUGUUCUUUAUCAAACAGAAUUCUUCAUCGAUCAAGACAAAUACUACGUAGAACUAUUGUUCCACUCCUAUGUGGCGGUGACUAUUGGCAAUCUGCGAAGUCGGGAAGAUGCAGUGAAGAAUGCUGAAGUCAUUAUGAAGAAGUUCAGCAGAUGUUCUGAGAUGCAAACUGAAAUUUUUAAGUUCGUGAAGAAUUUGGAAUCAUCAUAUAAUAUUGCUCUGUUAGUUGUUGUUGGAGUGAAUAUUGUGACAAUACUCCUCACUGGAAUGACAGCUAUAAUUAAAAAAUCUCAGCCAAGUGAAAUGAUUAGGAUGGCAUUCAUCAGUGCAGGCGGCAUCUGCCAUCUCUUUUGGAUUAGUUGGCUAGGGCAUGCUCUGGAAGUGCAGAGUGAAAAGAUCUUCACAUCAGCGUUAGAAUGA